GGGAAGGUCUAAAUGUCAUAUGGGCUUACUGUGAAGGAGUAUAAACCCUGAUCUAUCGCUGGAUUGCCAAAUCGAUGCUAGAAGCCAGCUCUCAACCGCUCUGAUUUGCAUAUCCUCUACAUUAGGUGAUCGUUAGCGCUUUUAGACAGGGUAUUAGUUGUUUCGUGUGACCCUAUUAGGAAUAUACAAGGGCUUCGCAGUUGCAGCAUGGAUAGCCUCAUCCGCUGACCUGUCCCAGAGGACUGCUUUGCAGCCAUGACAGUGCCAUGGUUGCCGCAUCUACUUGCAUUUGGACUUCUUGCUAUCAGCCUUGGUCACUCGCUGGCAGAGACACACCAGCGGGCAUCCCAGCUUGAGGCACCUGCCCAUCCCUUAGACGCUCUCUACGGUCGUGCAAUUGCGCUAAGGUCGAAGCGUUCGCCUACAUGGCAAGAGCAGCAAAAGGCAGUGGAGCUUCUAGUUGCAGCCACCGGCUUCCGCAGCCGCAGGCUUGGCAAGGCGUUCCCGUUUAACGGGACGGUUGUACGGGGUAGUGGCCAGGCCUCGCAUCAGGAUGCUGAUGUGGCUCUACCCGGGUACGACAAUGUCGUUCACGUGUCGAAGAGCGCGCAUCGAGGGGCGCUUCGGGAGCUAGCAAAGGCGUUUCAGGACGGUCUGGGCGUGUCUCCCGACCUGCGCCUCUCCCUGGAGCUCUUCCGCGCCGCCGCCGCCGCGGGUGACCCCGAGGCGCACGGGGCCAUGGGGGUGCGGCUGGCGCUGGGGCUGGACGGGGCGGACAGCUGGGAUGCGGAGGGCAUCGUGGGGUUUGGGCAGCCCAAGCCGCAGGAGGCGCUGCUGCACUACUACCUGGGUGCGGCGGGCGGCGACAUGGCGGCCCGCAUGGCGCUGGGCUACCGGCACGCGGGCGGACUGGGGGUGCCGCGGGCCUGCUGGAGCGCGGCGGCGUACUACCUGCCAGUGGGGGAGCAGGUGAGCAACCUGGCAGCCGGCAUGCCCGCCACCUCCUCCUCCGGCUCCCGCAGCAGCAGCGGCAGCAGCAACAAGGGGCGCCCCUCCACCCCUCCCAACGCGGCCGAUGAGGCCAGCACAGAGGAGGGCGAGGAGGAGGACGAUGAUAUGACACGUGCAGCCGCCGCCGCCACCGCAGCCGCCGCCGCCUCGGGAGGCCACAGCGUCACCACUCCCGGGGCUCCCAAGCGCCCUGCACGCGCCUCCCAGCACGGCUCCCUCCCCUCGCCUGGGGCCGGAGCCGAGGGCAAGGACGCGGGUGCGGACGAGGGGGCCGAGGGCGAGGCUGCCGGCGGGCUGCUGCCGCAUGUGGAGCGCAUCCGGCUGCACCUGGCGGGUCCGGGGGGCGCGGGCGGGCUGCGGGGCGAGCGGCACCGCGACGUGGUGCAGUACUACCAGGUGUCGGCGGACCGGGGCAACAGGGAGGCGCAGACGGCGGUGGGGCAGGUACUUAAUUACGGCACACACGGUAUCGAUCGCGAUCACGCCGCCGCCCUGUCGUACUUCAAACUCGCCGCCGGCGUCGACUCUGCCUCCGAUUCAACCGCCGGCGGAGGUGCCGGCAGCGGCGGCAGCGAGUGCGGCUCCGGAGACAUUGACGCCAUGGCCCAUUUAGGCUCCAUGUACGCCAAUGGGUACGGCACUGCCCGCUCGUACGCCGCCGCGCUCAAGUGGUGGGGUUGCGCCGCCAAACGGAACCAUGGGUCGGCGCUGUUCGGGCUGGGCUACUUGUACCUGACGGGCCGCGGCGUGGAGCGGGACUACGAUCGGGCGUUUACGUACUUUAGCCGCGCGGCGGAGCAGAUGCACUCAGACGCCCGCCCCGACGCGCUGUUCUUCAUGGGGGUGCUGCACCUGCGCGGGCUGGGUGUGCGCCGCAAGUCCGCCCCGCGCGCGCACUCCUACUUCACGCUGGCGGCGCACUCGGGUCACGCGCUGGCGGCGUACAACGCGGCGGUGAUGCACCUGGGCGGCAGGGGCACGCCGCGCAACUGCAAGCCCGCCCUGACGAUGCUCAAGUCGCUGGCGGAGCGCGGCCCCGCCGCCGCCUUCGUGCAGUCGGGCCACGAGCACUUCUUCCGCGGGCGCAGCGGCCCCGCGCUGUGGGCCUACCUGCGCGCCGCGGAGCUGGGGCUGGAGGUGGCGCAGAGCAACGCGGCGUGGAUGCUGGAACGGGGGUAUGCGAGCGGCCCCCACGCCGCCGAGCUGGCCUUCUCGCUGUACCGCCAGUCCGCGGCGCAGGGCAACGUGCACAGCCUGCUGGCCCUGGGGGACGCGCACUUCUACGGGCGGGGCGUGGGGCAGGACUGGGUGCGCGCGGCGGCACUCUACUACGAGGCGUACCAGGAGCGCUCCCCCGAGGCCAUGUUCAACCUGGGCUUCAUGCACGAGUUCGGCGCGGGGGUGCCUCGGGACCUGCAGCUGGCAGCGCGCUUCUACAGCAUGGCCAAACACACGCAGGCCGACGCCGCGCUGCCGGUGGCGCUCGCCUCCGCCUGGCUGCACCUGCACGGCUGGUGGGAGGCGCUGCUGCCGCACCUGCCGGCGCGGUUGCAGCCCCUGGCCGCGCACCUCUUCGCCCUCACGCCCCCGCACACCAGCCCCUUCGGCCCCUGGCUGGCCC